AUGGCAAAUUACAUAAUUAAAUAGGUUUAAUAAUUUGAAUAAGAACAUUAAACAUUGGUUCCUACUUUAUACCAAAUUUUGAGUAGUUUUUUUUUCGCCCUUAAUCAUUUUAGUGUAAAAUUGUUUGAUGGCAUACCCGUAACUCAGAUAAUAAUAUGGAGAUGUUGCUUAACAUUUAUAAUAAUCAGAUUGCUUAAUCAAAUAUUGCCAUUGCAAUCCUACCCAAAAAACAAGAAGAUAAUGAGCAAACUCUUGAUUAGAGGUGCCAUAGGAAUGUUUGGAUUCCUGGCCUGCUUCUCCUCUUUGAAAUUGGUUGCCGUGUCUGAAGCAGUAGUACUGAUGAAGACCAAUCCUAUUUGGACUACCCUCAUAUUGGUGUACGUGCAGAGGAAGGAGAAGAUCAACAUUAGAACAGCCUUGGAGAUACUGACUUGUAUUAUAGGUGUAAUUUUCAUAACAAAGCCUCCCUUAAUAUUUGGAAUUGAGAAUUCAGAAUAUUCAGUUUUAUAUUUAGUAGGGCUCUGUUUGGCACUUGUAACCGCAUUAGAAACAGCUGUGGCAUAAGUGAUUAUUAAAUCAUUAAAUAAUCAAGUUCAUUCAUUUGUAAUAUUGCAAUACUUUUCCUUAUUUGCAAUGGCAGGGGCAGUGCUCUUUCAAUUGUAUUCGCCUUUCGAGGAUAUGAGAUUUCUCUCUUGGAAGGAAGCUGCAAUACUCUUGUUCAGUGGAUUCUUGGGCUGUUUGGGAUCGAUGUUCAUGAAUAGAGCAAUGAUGUUGGGGAAAGUCACACAAAUGGCUCUAAUAGGGGAGACUCAGAUAGUGUUCAAUAUUCUUUUGGAUUUGUUGAUUUUGAAAUAGAUGAUCGGGAUGACCAGUUGGAUAGGAAUUGGGAUGAUAGCCACAAGUCUGACCUCAAAUAUAAUGUAGAAGAACUGA